AUGCAUUCAAAUACUUUUCUCCCGUUAGCCCUUCUCUUGGCUUCCAGUGCUGUCCACGCCGCCCCCGCGCAUCAGCCCCCGGCCCUCCACGGAAGAGCAGACUUCAAUAUCCUCGUCGGCGGCAAUGUCUCCCUCCGCAUCAUGCCCCUUGGCGCCUCAAUUACCCACGGAGUCCAGUCCUCCGAUGGCAACGGCUACCGUCAAGACCUUCGCAAUGCACUCAUCGCAGACGGCAACCCCGUCGACAUGGUUGGCAACAACCCCAACGGCACCAUGGAAGACAACCAGAACGAGGGCUGGCCCGGCCUCCGCAUCGAACAGGUCCUCGCCAAGGCCAAGAUUUCAGUCCCCGAGACCCUGCCAAACCUCGUCCUGAUCAACGCCGGCACAAACGACUGCGUUCAAAGCUACGACACCGACAACGCCGGCGCUCGCACUCUCGAAAUGAUGGAGUACGUCUGGUCCACAUCCAGCCGCGCCUCCAUCGUACUCUCCACCCUCCUGCCCAAUGGCAACAACAACACCGAGGCCUGCGUCCUGAAGGUCAACGAGCAGUUCAAGAAGCUUGUCGAGGAGCAGCAGGCCAAGUCCAGAAAGGUUGUCAUCGUUGACAUGCACUCCGACCAAGGCCCUCUCAAGAGCGACCUGGUCGACGGCACCCACCCCGACGAUGCUGGCUACCAAAAGAUGGCCAACCUUUGGUUCGCCGGUAUCAAGGAUGCCGCCUCUCGCGGCUGGCUCGAGUCCCCAGAGGCUCUUCCCGGCAGCACGACGUCCAGCUGA